AGAUAGAAUGUCAUAACUUGGUGUUUUUGUUAUGGCUGAAGUAUCCUUUUAUGAAAGAAUCCUGUUGUUCCAGUUAGUGGAAGUUCAUACGUGAGUGUGUUCAAGCUAACUGGGAGUGUAGUAGAUUUGCCAUAUUGACAUGUGUCUGCCUAACCGUACUAUGCCGAGGCUCAUUUAAAUAGAGAAUGAAUGAAUGAACAAAUGAACAAACUAAUGAACAAAUGUGUGCAGUUACUGAAUGGGUGGCAUUAGUGGGUGGUGCUCCAGCGUAGACCUGACCUUAGAAGUAAUAAUAGUUUACUGAUCCAUCUGUUCAGGUCCAGUGGGCUAAUGGAAGGCAGGCUGCAUUGACAUCUCAGGCCAGCUGUCCCCCACCUAUUUCCUCCUCCUCUGCAGUUCUGGAAUGGCCCCUUAAAUUCUGCUUGCUGGCCCAGUCUCACCCUAGUUGCCUGAACCAAUCCCAGCUCCAGGAAGGAGAGACUAGACAGAACUGGAGCCCAUGGUCUGGGUCAGCAGUUAACUGUUAGGCUGACCUAGGUCACAGUGGCCCAGUUCUUGGGAGUAAGGUUCAGAUAGUCACAGAAGCUGAGCUGCAGAGCAUGUUCCAGACAUAGUUAGAGUCCAGACCGGGUGGAAGAGGUCCUGCCUGCAGGGAGGGAUGGGAGAGAAACUGGAGCAGAAUGUUGGGAGCACAUCAGAGGAGACUGGCACCUGUACCGCUGACAGAAGAACUCAUACGUCGUUUGGUUUUGGCUCAGGCAUGAAUCUUUUGUUUCUUUCCCCAAAGAAACUAAAAUCAGAUACAGAUCCACGUGUUUUAGAAAAACAAGAAUUACAGCAGCCAACCUAUGUUGCCCUCAGUUACAUUAAUAGAUUCAUGACGGAUGCUGCCCGCCGAGAGCAGGAGUCUCUGAAGAAGAAGAUCCAGCCAAAGCUCUCGCUGACUUUGUCCAGCUCCGUGUCUCGAGGGAAUGUGUCCACGCCACCUCGCCACAGCAGCGGAAGCCUUACUCCCCCAGUGACCCCGCCCAUCACCCCCUCCUCUUCAUUCCGCAGCAGCACCCCGACUGGCAGCGAAUACGACGAGGAAGAGGUGGAUUAUGAGGAGUCAGAUAGCGACGAGUCCUGGACCACAGAGAGUGCCAUCAGCUCUGAAGCCAUCCUCAGCUCCAUGUGCAUGAACGGAGGGGAGGAGAAGCCUUUUGCCUGCCCAGUUCCUGGAUGUAAAAAGAGAUACAAGAAUGUGAAUGGCAUAAAGUACCAUGCUAAGAAUGGUCACAGAACACAGAUUCGUGUCCGUAAACCAUUCAAAUGUCGUUGUGGUAAGAGUUACAAGACAGCUCAGGGCCUGCGGCAUCACACAAUCAAUUUCCAUCCCCCGGUGUCGGCUGAGAUUAUCAGGAAGAUGCAGCAAUAACAUGCUGGUCGUAACUGUGCCAAGAAAUCCUCACCAGCAGUUGCUGAUUUUGAAAACAGCCACCUUUUUUCAGGGGAAGCAUUCAGCAACCCUUUAAAGAAUUAAAUGCAUGCUUUAAAUUUUUUCUGUAAUUUUGGAAUGAUGUAUCUUUGUAGAGUUAAUGAUUUUGUACAUUUGCACAUGUAAUCAUCAUACCCAUUUUCAUUACUUUGAUAUAAGGUGCUAAACAAAACAAAAAGUUUUAGGUUCUUCAGCACAUUUUCCCCAAACCAAGAUUAAAAUUGAGGGCAUGUUGCAUAUUGUUUAGUUGUAUUGCAGUGAUAUCAGUUGGGGAGGGGGGAGAAGGGGCUAGCACUGAGGUUUUUCCCCCAAGAUUAUAAUGUGAUUGAAGUUUUCAACACAUCAACUCAUUGUGUUCAAAACCAAAAUAAUACCUUCAUUAUCCAACUGGUUACCAUGCCUUACAUAAUGGAGUUAGUACUUGUGAGUAGAAAGACUUUAGGUAAUGGAAAUAUAAAUAAGAAUGUUUAACAUAAUAUGCUAAAAAUAUUUUCAUAUUUAAAUAACAUACAUAAAGGGUGUGCUUUCUGUGUUUUAUAUUAUUGUGCAAAUCCUUUUGCCCUUUAAAAGGCUGAAAAUCUUGCCAUCUGACUUAUCAUUUUAGAGUUAUAAAAUAGCAUUUUUGUACAAAAGUCUAUUCAGUUCACUCAUUAGUUUAACAUUCAUUGAGUGCCUGCUGGGUGCAAGGGAUUCAAUUUAUGCCUAUUGAUAUCUGUGGACCAAGAUACUAGUUUAGUUAAAUACUUUUCCCUUAAAUCUGUUAGGAAACACUUUGAAAUACUUAAGUGCAAAUUUUUUGUGUGUAAAAUUUAGUUCUAUCUUCAUCUUUAGGUGAAGUUUUAAAGCACUUUGUAGUUCUCUAUUGCCAACAGAUUAAUGUUUUAUGUGUUGCCAAUUCUUGCAACCACUGCCCAACCAACCUGUGGGUUGCAAAUAAGAAAAUUCCAAGCACGUUUCAAACAGGAACAUUUUAUUAAGACCCCUAUCACCUGUUCAUGCUCAUUGUGUUUUUAGAAUUUUUUUAAAAGCACUUUUUUCCAUCACAUUGUAGAUGCCUGUAUUCUCAUUGGAAACGUCUGUUUAGCUUUAUAAGACAUUUUGCUGAAAUAUGAAAUUGAGCCUUAUUGACAAUUAAGUGCUUAUUGCAGCAGGUGGUCAAAGAGUGACUAAUACAUGACCCAUUAAGAGUGUAACUAUGUCUGGACCGUUCCUGAAGUUUUCUUACCAACAAUACCAUCAUGCCUUGAGUGUUCAUUUCUCCCAAGUGCUAUUCCUUAAACAUGAGUUUACCAAUUGUCUAAUUAUGCAAUAAAAAUUGCUUUGAGAUGGCUAACUGCCCACAAAACUGGUGAAAAUCAAACUCGAAAUGCUUAUAAAACAUAACUUUCUUCCUGUGUUUGCAUCUGUUGAAAGUCUUACAGAUGGGAGGAAGCAGGUGUCCCUCCUCAAUUUUUCAGAUGUUCUGAAAGGAAGAUAAUUGUUAGCCAGAUGGGUAAGCUUCUCUAUCAUUAAGUUGUGAAUCCCUCAUAAUGAGGGAAUUAAACGUAUUUAUAAAGACACUGCCCUCUAAAAAUUUCCUCGGAUCUCUUAAGAGUAGUCUUGGUCCUGAACGUACAGUGUUACCCUUGUGUUAAAGGGUGAUCCAGACAUGAGAAGCAACUAGUUGGUGCAUAAGAAGGCCCUACUUGGCUAUUUCAUAUCUACCUAUAAUUGACCAAAAUUUUUUUAGGCCAACAAUCGUCAUCUAGCUUUGCUCCUUCUAGUGCAAGAAACUUGUAGGCUGGGUCAGUAGUUCAACUGCUAAACAGUCAUUAGUCAUUGUGCAUGUUAGAUUUCUUUCAACUAUAAAACAAAUUCCAGUUUCUAUUUACUUAUUCAUUGUGACAGUAUUACUAAACAGGUAAGGAUGGGAAUAUUUUGUUAUACCGUGUAUAGUGAAUGUAUUGUAUUGUGUCUGUGAAAACUGUGCUUUAAAUUAUAUUUUCAUAUGUUUUGUUCGGGACAGAGCACAUUAAGUCUGAAAGCAACAGAGGUUUGUUUUAGAACUGAAGGCAACUAAAUAAAAUUCCUGUCAAGAAAAGCUGCUUGUAAAUGAAAUCACAUUUAAAAUAAACUGCCUCUGACCCAAAAUAAA